AUGAAAAAGCUGCUCAGGGAAUAUCGUGACUUUGGGCUGGAGUUUUACGUGUAUUUAGAAGAGACAAGACGCAGCUCCCUCAGAGACAGACCAACACUCAACGACAUUUACAGGAACGAGUUCAGACAAAACAGCCGGUCUGGAUUUCCAUUUAGCGCAAUCCUCUACGGUCUGUCUCGGUUUGGGCAAGUGAGAGUGAAACAUGGGAGCACAGUUAUAUUUUUGAAAAAGAUAUGCAAGUUGAACUGGAGUCAGCCCACAAGGGUUGACAUUGCUGAUAAAAAUGGGAUUGAGAUUUUCUCCCCUGACCAUCGGUUCAAGGACGGAAAGAUUUCAUUCAGAGCCGACCGCAACACUGAGCACACUGUGCAGUUAUACAUUGAGAACACUGGCUUAGAAACAGCGUGGCUCAUGGAUCACUCUCUUCUCUGUGGGGUUGCACACUUUUCACUGGGGAAUCAGCAUCAUUCUCUGGAUAUUGCGCCAAAGUCACAUAUUAACAUUGUGGUUAAAUACAUCCCUUCUAAAAGAGGGGUCGAGACAGCAAUGCUCGCUCUUGAGUUCAAACUCAGGAACUCUUUCCCUUCGUUUUACAUUGUGCGAUUUAUUGAGGCUGAGUGUCUGACUACAACCGGAGCUGAGGACACCCCCAAUCUGCUCCGCUCUCAUCCCUCUUGGACCCCCCCAAUUAAGUUCACCAUUUUUGAUGGCCAGCUUCCGGAAGAGUUUUUGAAGGAGAAGAAGCAAACAAAGAAAGUGCAAUUGCUCAAUUAUGAAGUAGAGGAUAAUAUUAACAAUCUCAUCUUGGCCCUGAAAAACUCAGCCAUAUAUGACCAAAGACAAACUACGUUACAAUCCCCUCUGAGCAUCAGCAACUACACAGAGAAGUUACGUCUGUUGUUGCAUUUGGAAGAGCAUCAGGUUGAGAGGGACGUGAGGAAAUUCAACAUUCCCAAUGAUGACCAGCAGGAGGCGACAAUGGAGAGAGACCAAGUUAGCGAGCUCCUUGUUCUGAAGUUUACCAGUGGAAACUUCCCCGUGCUGGAGAGAGGAGAUCAGCUGCUAGUCAGUCCUGUCGGAGAGAGAAAAAAUAAAUACCGUGGUUAUGUCCAUACUGUGCAACACGAAUCUGUCACACUGGGCUUUGGCAAAGAGCUGCUGGAUAUCUUUGUGAACAGCAUGAAGUUUCACAUUGAGUUUAUGGUAAAUCGCCUGAAUUUUAGAACCAUGCACCGGGCAAUAGAGUUGGCAAUGAAAAGCGGACUGGGGCCAGUGCUGUUUCCAGAGGCACCUCCUUCAUCUGCUCCACUGACUCUACCUGAUCUCAAGCUUUUUGACAAGAAGCUGGAAAAAAACCCAGAGCAGUAUCGAGCUGUGCAGCACAUUGUGGCAGGAUCAUCUAAACCCGCCCCUUACGUUGUGUUCGGCCCUCCUGGAACAGGAAAAACUGUGACUCUGGUGGAGGCCAUCAAACAGAUAAUACAUUGCCAGCCCCACAGUUGCAUCCUGGUGUGUGCCCACACUAACAAAGCUGUUGAUACUUUGUGUGAGAGUCUCCUGCAGGAUGUGGGCCCUCAGCUGCUCAGGAUAUAUGCAAAGAGCCACAGCCCUCAGGACGUCCCAAACAAUCUCAAGAACUGUUCUAACCUGGUUGGGAAUUAUUUUGAGUUUCCUGAAGACAUUCAAGAUUUGAAGUCUGUCAACGCUACGACACUCUUAACAUCAUCAAGAUUCGUGACCCAGGGCUUUCCCACAGGUCACUUCACUCAUGUGUUUGUAGAUGAAGCGGGAUAUGCUAGCGAGGCUACAUGCAUCCUUCCAUUAGCAGGGCUCCUCCAUUCACAUACUGGGCAGGUUGUUUUGGCAGGGGACCACAAACAACUCGAACCCAUCGUCCGAUCCCCUUGGGCUCGGAAAUUUGGCAUGGGGCUGUCUUUGUUGGAGCGUUUGAUGACUCUUUAUCAGAAGACAAAUGUCAUCUUUGACAACAACUUUGUCAUUAAACUUCUGCGUAACUUCAGGUCUCAUCCGGCCAUUUUAGAAAUUCCGAAUAAGCUCUUCUAUAACAAUGAACUGCUGGCCCGCGCUGAUGAAUAUGAACGCAACUCCUGCUGCUUCUUUGAGUUCCUCCCACAAAAGAAUUUCCCAGUAAUCUUCCAUGAAGUGGUCAACAAGUCCAGCGGUCUGUCAUGCUUCAACACAGCAGAGGUGGAUGAGCUCAUGGGAUACGUGAGGAAACUGAUAAAUGGAAAGAGCAACGUAUCUCCUGAAGACAUAGGCAUCAUCGCCCCCUACUGGAAACAGGUGAAAAACAUCUCUAUGGCUCUAAAAAAGUACCCCAAUACUGGGGGCCUAAAGGUUGGCACUGUGGAGCAGUUUCAAGGUCAAGAGAGGAGUGAUCCUGGUGUCCACAGUCAGCAGCCGUAUGCAGAACCAGAAGUGGUUCAAUACUGCUGUAAACAGAGCCAAAGCCCUGCUGAUCAUUGUUGGAAACCAGACUUCCGAACAACCGUGGGCACGGUUCAUUGA